GCCGAGUAGGUCAGAAGUGCGACAGGCCGCGCAACUCGACAUCUAUACGUUUUCUCCCUCUCUCUCUCUUUUGAUCAGCAGCCCGCCGAGCGAGCGCCUUGUUCUAGUUCUACACGAUGGCUCCCCCAGACAUUCAGGGCGCACGACAGGCAGCGCAGCAACGGAACAGUGCCAGUAGCGUCGCGCAGGCUCCGGCGCGGUCGGAGGAGUCAUCGCCCCAGCGCCGGAAUGACGGUCAGUUAGAUUGCCCGCUGCAUCGCCGGUUUCCCACCAGAUCGCUGAUGCCUGCAGAUUCAGAGUCAUGGGUGGAAGUAACAUCGCAACCAUCAUCAUCGUCCCUGUCAUCCAUCGGGGAUGACAUCGUGACAACAGGACUCCGGGUCGGCAACCCCUCUUACCCGCCCAGGCGGAGGCGGUCGCAGCAACAACACCAGAUGCCCGCCUCCUUCAUCGUCGGCCACCCCGCAACCCAGGGCGGCGCAACGAGCAGCCAGGACGAGUACGACGAGACGGAGAGCGAAGAGGAUCGAGUGUUGACCAGCUCCACCGAGGCGAUACACCCGUCCGCGAAUCUCCUCCGCCAACAGACCACAGUUCGGGCACCCGCCGUGGUCGAUACCGACUCGGACAGCGACGAUGAUGAGAGCGCGACAGCCCUCGGGCGGCCGACCAAUACUACUCCCGUCUUCAGGCCCCAGCCAAAUGCAUUCUCACACCCCCCUUCACACCGGACACACCGCCAUUCAACAGGUUCAGCUCCACAUCACCAUCAGCACCACUCCUCACAGUCUCGCCCUCAGAUGCCUAACCGCCCACAUGCCCACUCCUACCGGGGCUCACCGAACUACAUGUCCCCCUCCUACCAAGCCGACAACGACGCCGCCCUGCGCGCCUCCCUGACUACCCUGCUCUCCUGCGCCGCCGCGGCACGGGGUCUCCCCAAGCACGACGAACGACGCACCGCCCCCGCCACCGGAGCCGGCGUCGUGCCCAGCUCCCAGCCGAUGGAGCUCCGCCUAGUCCCCGAAGCCGAGCUCAUGGCCGCCGACGACAGCCCGGCCCAACCACCACCACCACCAACAACAACAACAACGACAGCAACAGCAACCAACCCAGCAAGCAAGUCCCAGGCCAGGACGGCAUCCAACUCGUCUGCGCCAAGCGCGCCAUCAUCCAGCUCUAGCCGCGAGCAGCAGCAGCGCGAGUCCAAGCGCACAGCCGCCACCCAGUCCAGACCGGCCUGCGCGACCAAGAAGAAGCGGAUCUCUGCCGCCCUGGCCGACGGCGGCGGCGGCGGAACCGCAGCAGACGGGGAGACGACCCCCUUCCUCAACAUCAGCCCGACGCUCCUCACAUGGGUCGUCAGCGCCGGCGUCGUCGUCCUCGUCUCGGUCGUCGGCUUCGGCGCCGGCUACGUCAUCGGCCGGGAGGUCGGGCGUCAGGAGGGCGCCGCUGCUUCCCUAGGCGGAGGAUUUGGCGGGUCCGCCGCGGCCUCCGGCGCGAACGCCUCGUCGGCGGCCGCCGCAGGGUGCGGCGGCGAGCUGGUCAGGGCCGGCAGCGGAUCGGCCGGGUCGGGCACCCUGCGGAGGUUGAGGUGGGGCGCGGUCGGCAAGAGCGUUGCCGCUUGAAGAAAGGCUGGCGCCGGCCUAACGGCAUGUUUCGUUCAUCUUGCGCGCGAGGAGAAGCCGGCCAUCGAUGAAUUUUUUUUUCCGGGGGGGGGGGGGGGGGGGAGACACGACGGGAUUAUUAUUCAUGAUUUUACAAGGAUUCUGAAUGCAUGCAUGGGGCAUGGCAACGAGGGCACGUUCGUGACGCUUGGAGAUGACAAAUGACAUAAUGGGGC